GCCUCUAGUCGCACGCGUUGCGAGAGAGACGAUCUCGAGACGGCGUGCUUCCUCCUACAGUGAUUCUGUGCACGAAUUUUCCGCUAAAAUUUCGCAACUAAGCGUCUAGCUUAGAAAACGAGUUCAUACGAACCCUUUUCCAUUGAUCAAGUCCAGACCUGGACAAAGCCAGGAUCCAUUCUUUUUUAGUAAUCAUUGAAAAAUUAAUGAUAGAAAAAAGGAACUUUAAGGAUAAGGACAAAAGGGACUUUAAUUUAACUCAAGUAAACGACAAUCAUCUAAAUUGGAUAGUCAACGCACAGAGCACAGCAGAGAAGUAACUCGAGCUUCUCAAGGUUAUAAUACAGUUUUCGUGAAGGGGUUGGGAACGACGCGCUACGUUCUUAGAAUCUAUCGGGUGUGUUAAAAUUUUGUGAGAGGGUAAUUCGUAGUGUUUCUGCAGAUUCAGAAGUCAAACAUGUCUGGGAUCCGCAUCAGGAUUGAGGAAGCUUCCAACGACGGAUACGAGGAUCUUUCCCCUGACAUCGAGGCGACGAUGGCCGCAACGACAGAGGCAGCGAACCUUCCUUCUUGGCACAUUCCGAGGCCGUCCUUGGUUGGACGUAGCGAGAGAGACAGCGAGAAUGGAAGCUGGGCUCAUCAUCAUUUGCAUCCAAACUCACCAUCCAGAGGGUCGACGUCCUCACAAGGUUCCACAGCCAGCACGCAUAGUGCAGCUUCAGGUACCCUUCUUUUGACGGCAGCCAAUCUAGCAAAUCUCGCCACAAUGCACCCGCCAACGGUGACAGCGCCGAAGCAAGUAGACACAGCAUCAGUUGCGAGCAGUACGCAUUUCACGGUCGUCAAUGGAUUAGGCAGACCACCUAAGGUGUAUCGAAAAUCUUGGUGUGCAAGAAAUAAACUCACAGUACUCGUCUGCACGACGAGUUUCCUAUUUAUGAUUGGCCUACUCGCCGGAAUUCUCUUAAUGGAGAUGCGAGCCCGAAGUAGGUACAACUAAACUCGAGAAUUAACAGACGAUCACCGAAAGAAGGGAGUUAAGGCGUUGGUGGCAUUUCCUGAUAGCUGUAAAUUUAGCAUCGAAAGAUGCAGUUCGAUUAGACCCAAAAGAAGACAGAUGCUUCUUUUAGAUUUAAAUGCGAUGCAAGUUUAAUUAUGAAAUGAAACUUCCAUCCCUGCUGAACUUGUCUUAUAAUAACUCUAGUUACGGUUGAGGGUAUUGCCUAGGAAUUUGACGAUCUUUCAAAACUUGGAACCGACUCCUUACUUUUUAAAAAAAAUAACCGAGAUAAAUACAAGUUGAAUCCCUAUAAAUUCAUUUGUAAUUUAUCUACGAAAUUUUCCAUUGAAGUAGAGAUAUCGGUUCUGAAAUACAUGAGAACAUAUAAGUUCGAUUUUUUUAGUUUUAGGGUCUAGGCAGCUCCCUCACAGAUUGUUUACUCGUAAAACUAUUGCGAUUCGCGCGAAUGGGGUAUCUUAGACAAAGAUUCAAAGCGUGUUUUCUGAAUUAGCAAUUGUAACAGAAUGUUUCCGGAAAACCUGAGGUUCCAAUCAGCUAGAGAUUCAUACUUGGAAGCGUCAAGAAGAAUGUUCUCUCUAAAACUUACACUUUGUCAACGAACAACCUCAUUCGGUGACGACCUCCGCGAUCUAGGAUAUAAGCUUGUAUUGCACCGCUUCAAAAGUGUGGUACGUGAAAAAAGUAAUUACAUUUGUGUAAUAAACAUGUGUCGUGCUGCAGCGAGUGAAGCCGCUCCGUGUUAUUAAUUUAUAUUUAAACUAACCAAUCAUCGAAAUCAUCGCUCCUAGAAUAAAGCAAUGACAACGCCCUCGGUUAUUAAUGUUUUUACCCAAUUACGACCAUCACGAUCAGGGUUGCUAACUCACGAGCUUUUUUAGCCUCGUAUACUUAAUAGAUUUCAGUAAUAGCUAUUUGUGACGCAAGUGCGUAAAACAGGUGAUUUCAUCGAGUGUGAUGUUCGCAGCAUGAGCCGGAAGCUCGAAACAUGACAUGUAUACAAGUGUGAGAAGCUGAAGGCAAAUGCUGCAAACACACGAGUAGCGAUUAUAUUUACGCAUGUAUAUCACACGCUAUUUUUUGCAACAACUACAUCGAAAGUUUUACCCCGAAGACUACUCCAAAAUAGCCUGUUACUGUAAAACUGACUUAAGAUCUUCUCCGAAACGGUGCGAGAGUGCACAACCACUAACCGAUUUUAGACAUACACAGUCUGCUGCAAUCAGGUCCUUUGUGCGCAAUUCAGAAGCAUAAAAAGUGCAACUUUGGAAGUGGAUGUUGCAAAAAAUAUUUUCAGUAUUAAGCUGCAUUUCAAACUUAAUUAAAGUCACUGUAAGGCCUUUGAAAUCAAUUUUCUUUAUAAUAAGGUAAAUACUGUAAGGCGUAAUUUAAAUAACUACAUCGCUUAAGAUUAAACUUCGUUCAAUAUUCCGAAAAGUUGGCAACGCUGUUCGCGGAAAAAAAACUUUCGAGCAAUUUAGGCAUGGUUCUGAGUUGGUACGACGAUAAACAAUAUUUUUUAUGGAAAUUCGUACGAGUUUUAUAACUUCGAGACAACAAGCGAACAAAGGGCGAUCUACUAGCUACGUAAUUUAGCAAUAAUAAUUUAAUCGAAACUAACAUUAUCCGAAUUAAAUGCGGAAUCUCUGGAAAGUCGUUGCCAAAAGCAAUUUGUGGAAAAAUCAAUGCAGAGUGAUCAAUUCUGAUCGCUCUCGGCGUCUGUGAUAUUACUUCUGUAUUAAUUAAUCGAGCCAACAAGAAAUUGUCAGAAAAA